AUGAGUAGUGCUCGACAAUUUCACACAGCAUCCGUAUUAACAAAUGGAAAAGUGUUAGUUGCUGGUGGAUACAACGGUUCUUAUUUGAAGAGUGCUGAGUUAUAUGAUCCAUCAACAGGAACCUGGACCAACACUGACACUAUGAGUACUGCUCGAAGAGAGCACACAGCAUCAAUAUUAACAAAUGGAAAAGUGUUAGUUACUGGUGGAUUUAGCGGUUCUUAUUUGAAGAGUGCUGAGUUAUAUGAUCCAUCAACAGGAACCUGGACCAACACUAGCAGUAUGAGUACUGCUCGAGGAUCUCACACAGCAUCCGUAUUAACAAAUGGAAAAGUGUUAGUUUCUGGUGGAUCGGGCGGUUCUACUUUGAAUAGUGCUGAAUUAUAUGAUCCAUCAACAGGAACCUGGACCAAUACUGGCAGUAUGAGUACUGCUCGAGAACUUCACAAAGCAUCCGUAUUAACAAAUGGGAAAGUGUUAGUUGCUGGUGGAUUAGGCGGUACGUAG